AUGUCCCUGCGUCUUGUGGAUCCACUUUCUGAGUUCCACGAGGAGGCGGAAAAGGAGUCGGACGACGACGACGACGACCUGAUCCGUGCCACCUACCCCUUUGAUACCGGUCUGGGUCUGGAGCUGGGGCUCUUGUUGCAUUUCAUGCACGACCUUCCCCAGAUUGGAGGGGGGUUGGUUCGUCAAACGCACGCAGGGAUAAGUGCAGGACCUCAAGGAGACAGAGAGGCGGGGGAGUAUCACGGUAUGCACAGAGGGGACCCUGCUGCUGGUGGUAUCCAGCUGAAACUCGGAUUCGCCGUUCUUGUCCCCCUUUUGUGUGACAAUCCUCAUGCCACGCAGCAGCACAAGCAGCAGGAACGGCGACAACAACAACAGAACCAGAACCAGAAACACAAGGUCUGA